AUGGGGAAUGUGACAUCUUGUGCUCCUUCCAUAAUCUCAAGUGGGGUGGUGAAAGUCUUAUUCAGCAAUGGAAGACUGGAAAUCUACACGAGACCAGUAAAAGCAGCGGAACUCAUGCUAGAGAACCCCGGCAAAUUUGUGUGCGAAUCCAGCAGCCUGAAAAUAGGCCACCGGAUUCACGGCCUUGUCGCCGACGAAGAGCUCGAGCGGCGGCAGUUCUACUUCCUCCUUCCCAUGGAGAUGCUCUACUCAGUGCUAACACUGGAGGAAAUCAGCUCUCUUUCUUACAAGGCUUCCAAGGCUCUGAAGCAUGCAAGUUUCAACAACUUGGGGAAGAUCUUCCCCGUGCUCGGAGACUUUUGCAUGUUUCCUCAUUCUGAAGCCAAGACAUCAUCGGAUAACAAUGCUCCGGCGAGUGAGCAGGAACCACUACAGAGGUAUUUAAGACAGCGAUCAUGGAAGCCUGCUUUAGAGACCAUUGUUGAAACAUCAUAG